AUGGUGCAACAUUCCAAGUCUCAAAAUAUAAUUCCCACCGUAUUAGUACAUGGCGGUGCUGGAAAUAUAGGCUAUGAUACGUUACCCGUUAAAAAGUAUGGUAUCAAAUUGGCUGCCCGCACUGGUUACGAGACUUUAAUGAGCACUGGCAAUGUAGUAGAUGCUGUUCAGAAAGCGGUAGAAUACCUAGAAUUCGAUCCAAACUUUAAUGCUGGCUGUGGCGCUGCUCUUACUUGGGAGGGUAAAGUGGAAAUGGAUGCGGCUAUCAUGAAUGGUUAUGACUUGAAUUCCGGUUGUGUAUCGGUGGCUAAAGACAUAUUGCAUCCCAUAGCAUUGGCUCGCAGCAUAAUGGAUAAAACAAGACAUAGCUAUUUAGCAGGUGACGGUGCUAUGGCUUAUGCUAAGUCAGAUGGUUUUGAAAUUUUGCCAGAAGGAGCUUUAGUUACAGAAAAAGCUAAAAAGGCUUUGGAAGGCUUUAAAAAUAAUUUUGGUAAUGGCAGCGGAUUUGAAAAGCCGAAAACUUUCGGCUCUCCUGGUACCGUAGGUGCUGUUGCUAUUGACGCUUAUGGCAAUGUGGCUGCUGCUACUACUACCGGUGGCAUAACUAGUAAAAUGCCUGGCCGUAUUGGAGACUCUCCAGUUUUGGGUGGUGGUACUUAUGCUGACAAUGCUUCUGGUUGUGUCUCGACCACUGGCACUGGAGAAAGUAUUAUGCGUUAUAAUGUUGCCUCCCGAAUUUUACAAUUGACGGAAAAUUUCGGUUAUACUGCUCAAGAGGCCACUAUUAAGAUUUUAGACCAAAUGACAGAACGUUUUAAACACGAAGCAGGUGUAAUUUGUAUAGAUUCAAAGGGAAAUCUCGGUAUAUACUUUAAUUCUCGACGCAUGCCUUGGGCCUAUCAACGUGAUGGAGAACUGCAUUUUGGAGUCGACAAGGGCGAGGAUGAAGUAGAAAUUGUGGGCUAA